CAAAAAAUAUGAGUUGGGCCAGUCCAGUGCCAGUCCAAUUCUACACCCAGGAGGACGCAAUCGCUGAAAUGACUUCGGAGGCGGAAGGGAAAACUUCAAACUCAAACUUCAAACUUUUUAAAGAAAGCAUUCUCGUGCUUCUAAAUAUUAUUGGGGAGUGCAGUGGGAACUCCUUUUUGAAACUGAAGCUGGUCGAACUGCAAGAUGCCAUUGCGACCAUAGACAGCGCCAUGCUCCUCUAUCCGGGGAGUGCCAAGGAGAAGCUGGACGAUCUGCGUUCCCGAUCCACGAAGGUCCAUCGCUCGUACAGCAACUGCGUCAAUCCGGUCCUCCUGACCAGUGCAUCGGUCGGCAAGACCCUCACCAGCUUCCUUAAUGUCGUUGACAGCCAGGAUCUGGUGGCGAGCGACGAGGAGAUCCUGUGGAGCAUGAUGGCCCAGUCGCUCAACAAUAGCAAGCCCAAUGUAUCGAAGUCGCUGGACAACCUGAGCAUCCUGAAAACGGAAGUGGCAAGUCUGAAGGUCUUGUUCACUCAGCUGAGGAGAAACAUUGAAGAUGACUACACUGAGUACGGGACGUGCACCAGGGCCAUAAAGGACCUGCAGUCCAGGGACAAAAGGGCGCAUCGACACUUCAGACACAUACAAGAAAUGAAGGACUUUCUGAAGGGCCUUUAUAAAGCCGCCCUACCCAGCAAAAAAACUGACCAGACCAUCGAUCAAGGGGUCGAUUUUUUGGUCGAGAAUGAACCAAUUGAGUCCUCCGAGGGUUUAAUUAAAAUAUUCAAAUCCUUCCUCAAGCGCCUCCAGGAUAAAAUAGAUGAAGCCAACGGAAUCGUGGAUGAGGUGCUUCGGAAUUUGGAAAGUUUCCAGCAGAACUUCAAAGAGGUCGCGAAGGUGAAGUCUGAUGAUACAUUUGUGACAUUUUUGGAGAGGAAUCCUGGAGAGCGGGACCAGCUGAUUCGGCGCAUGAAGGACUUGGACAGAGCCUGUCGUGUAUACCAGAAGCUGAUCACGGGCACCUGACGAGGGACGGCCUGGGAGCUCUAUGAUUCCUUGUUACACAUAUCCUAUCUCUGAAUAAACUACCAGUCCUGGUUCCUUAAAGUUAA